CUUAUAUUGAUUUUUGAUUUUAUUUAUUUUUUCUGUUUUCUUAUUUAUUAUUUCUUUAUAUUUUAUGUAUAAUGGAAUGUUUUUAAUAUUGGAGUGAAAUAUUCUAUUAAUUAAUUCUUUAAGAAUUAAUUAUUUGAUAAUUUUUGAUUGAGUAUCUAUUUCUUUUUCAUCAGUUGUUAUAUUAAUUUCUUCAAUGGUUGUUUUUUACAGUUCUGAUUAUAUAGGUUUUGGUUAUUAUAAUAGAAAUCGUUUUUUGUUUUUAGUUAUUUUGUUUGUUUUUAGUAUAAUUUUAAUAAUUAUCAGACCUAAUUUAAUUAGAAUUCUUUUAGGUUGGGAUGGGCUAGGUCUUGUAUCUUAUUGUUUAGUUAUUUAUUAUAAUUCAAUGAAAAGAUAUUUAGCUGGAAUAGUUACUUGUCUAACUAAUCGAAUUGGUGAUAUUGGUUUAUUAAUUUCUGCUUGUUGAAUUAUAUCUUAUGGGGGAUGACAUUUUAUGUAUUACUUAGAUUAUUAUAAUGAAUAUAUUUUUUAUUUAAUAAUUAUUUCUUGUUUUACAAAGAGAGCUCAAAUUCCUUUUUCUUGUUGGCUACCUGCUGCCAUAGCAGCUCCGACACCUGUUUCUUCAUUAGUUCAUUCAUCUACUUUAGUUACAGCUGGAGUUUAUCUAUUAAUUCGUUUUUAUAAUAGUUUCAAUUUUAAUAAUUAUAUAUUUUUAUUUAUUAGUUUGAUAACUAUAACUUUUUCUUCUAUUUGUGCAAUUUAUGAAUUUGAUUUAAAAAAAAUUAUUGCUUUAUCUACUCUAAGCCAAUUAGGUUUAAUAAUAAGUUCUUUAUUCUUAGGUCUUCUUGAUUUAUCAUUUUUUCAUUUAUUAAGACAUGCUAUAUUUAAAUCUCUAUUAUUUCUUUGUUCAGGUAUUUUUAUUUUUUAUAUAAAUGAUAAUCAAGAUAUUCGAUUAAUGGGAUCAGUAUGUAUAUUAAUACCUUUUACAACUUCUUGUUUUAAUAUUGCUAAUUUAACUUUAUGUGGAAUUCCAUUUUUAUCUGGAUUUUAUUCUAAGGAUAUAAUUAUUGAAUAUAUAGUAAGAAAUCAAUUAAAUUAUUUAGUUUUGGUAAUUUUUUACUUUUCUCUAGGUUUAACUGCUUUUUAUAGAUUUCGUUUAUUUUAUUAUUCAAUGAUUCAUAGUAAUAAGUUUAUUAGUAUAAAUUUUAUUUAUGAUGAAUAUUUAUAUAUAAAAUUAAGAAUUUUUAUUUUAACUUUAUUUUCGGUUUUCACUGGGUGUAGAAUGCUUUGA